AUGAGCUAUCUCUCACCGAUAGGAAGUCCGUUCACCGAUGUCACUGAUUUAUUUAGUCAUUCAGAACUUGAAGGUUUCCCAAUUGAUAGGCCUUAUACAAAAACCAGGAUCCCGCUAUCCGCAAAUGCACAUCGCCGGGAAAUAGGAAAGCUUGGGAUAUGGACCUUAUCAUCUGCUAAGCUUGGAAACGGAGUUGAACAACUGCGUGAUGAUAAUGUAAAUACCUUCUGGCAAUCAGACGGAGUCCAGCCUCACACUGUUACUGUCUUCUUUCCUAGAAAAAUCGCAGUGAGUGAAUUUUGUAUUUUUGUUGAUUUUAAAUCUGACGAAAGCUACACCCCAAGCAAGCUGUCAAUUUAUUUAGGAAAUACUACGACUGACCUAUGAGAAGUACAAACCGUAGAUUUAGACGAGCCUACAGGCUGGUUUAAUUUUUCACUGGGCAAGCAGCAAGGAGGUGCUUUUAGGCCUGUAAAAACUCAUAUCGUGCAGCUGAUGGUUUUACAAAAUCAGCAUAAUGGAAGAGACACUCACAUAAGAGAAAUUAAAAUUUUCGGGCCAAGGGAAGAUUUAAAAAUUGCGUUUCCAAAUUUCAACUCGGCUGCAUAUAGUAAAUAUGCAUUUAUCCAUUAA